AUGCAGAGAUCUGGCUCCAACACAGAAUGUGGGAGGGCGAAAAAAUACUGCUGGUAUUUUGAAGGUGGAUACCCCAUCUACUUCAUAUGUCGCUCUUAUGAGGACUGCUGUGGGACUCGCUGCUGUGUGAGGGCCCUGUCCAUCCAGAGACUAUGGUAUUUCUGGGUGCUGCUGAUGAUGGGGGUGCUGUUCUGCUGUGGUGCUGGUUUCUUCAUCCGCAGACGGAUGUAUCCGUCCCCUCUGAGAGACGAGACGGCAUUCAACGUCUCCUUCACCAGGCAUCCUGCCACCUCACCAGUUUCCCAGCAGCCAGGAAGUAUGCAGGGGUUCGGGGUCAAUGGGAUGACGGGGGGUGACCCAGGGAUCACCAUGACCCACCCAGCAUACGCAGCACAGCCUGGCUCCGCCCAUAUGAUGAUGAGCUCCUAUCCUCCACCUCCAUCCUACUGCAACCACCCACCACCGUCCUACGAACAAAUAUUUCAAAACAGCGACAAGAAGUAA